CUGCCAAUGUUUGUAAGCAAGUUCCAGCUCGUCAUUCACCGAUGUUAUCAACUUCCUUGUUCUACUAAUGAUCAUAUGACGUCAGGAUAGAACUCUUUACAACUUAAGGGACUGGAACUAAAAGUGGGAUGGCAAAAGCCAAAACAAGAUUGGUUGUUGCAGCAAUAGACUUUGGGAGCCACGGAUCUGGUUAUGCUUUCUCUUUUCGACAUCAGUUCGAUGCUAACCCAAUCGAUGUAUCAUCACCAAUGUGGUCCCCAGAAAGCGGCGGUGACAGUUUUUAUAAGACUCCGUCAGCCAUGUUGCUUGACUCAAAUAAAAAUUUGGUGUCUUUCGGACAUGAUGCAGAAGACCGCUACUCGGUUAUUUGUGAAGAAAAUGAACAGAAUGCAUGGUAUUAUUUGAAGGGUUUCAAAAUGAAAUUGUAUAGAGCCGUGUUGGAAGAAAAGGACAUUCGAAAAGAUUUUGAAAUGACAGAUAUCAAUGGUAAAGCUAUAUCAGCCAAACUAGUUAUAAAACUCGCCAUACAGUUCCUCCGAAAACAUUUACUUGACCAGUUUGAAGAAAGAAAUAUUGGAGUUAAUGCAAAUGAUAUAGAUUGGGUUAUCACAGUCCCAGCUAUUUGGAAUGAUGCAUGCAAACAGUUCAUGAGAGAUGCAGCAGAAGAAGCUGGUAUUCAUGGGGAUAUGUUUUCCAUUGUGUAUGAACCAGAAGCUGCAUCUGUUUAUGCCAGGUUAUUACCAGUUGAAAAAUUACUAGGCAAAAACAAAAUGACAAUUCUGAAGACUUUUGAUCCAGGAACCAAAUUCAUUGUUGUAGAUGCAGGAGGUGGUACAGUGGACAUUUCUACUCAAGAAGUCGCUCCGAAUGGGGAAUUAAAAAUAAUUCACAAAGUAUGUGGAGGCUCUUGGGGUGGUGAAAUGGUUAAUGAGAAAUAUAGAAUCGUUCUCACAAAGCUUGUUGGAGGUCCUGUUUUGAAACAAUUUAAAAAGGAACAAGGUGCAGAUUAUAAUGAAAUGAUGAGAGAUUUUGAACGUAAGAAGAAGACUUAUAAAUUAAACAGUACAGAAACUGUAAAUACUAGAUUUCCUGUUUCACUAAAAGAUCUUAUAGCCGAUUCUGUAGAUAGUUCAAUUGAUAGUGUCAUUAACGAGUCGACUUUUAAAGGUAAAAUAAGCAUGAAACGUGAUAAAAUGUUUAUAAAACCAGAUUUAUUUCAAACAUUCUUCCAGGAAUCAUGUGAUUUGACUAUCGAAGAAAUCAGAUCUGUUCUGAACCAUCCACGCUGUGAAAACGUUUCAGCUGUAAUGAUGGUUGGUGGGUUUUCUGAGUCUGAUGUAUUACAAGUUGCUGUCAAAAAAGCAUUUCAAAAUUUAGAGAUAUUUGUGCCAGUAGAUGGAGGUCUAUCGGUUCUUAAAGGUGCGGUCAUAUAUGGACAUAAUCCAAACAUCGUUGCAUCAAGAGUAUGUAACUAUACAUAUGGUAUUAGUUUGAGUGUUCCGUUCAAAACAGGGGUUCAUCCUGAAAGCAAACGAUAUACUUGGGAUAAAGAAGACUGGUGCCGCCAUGUGUUUCAUGUUUGUUUUAAAGCCGACGAGGAUGUUGAGGUCGGGGAUAUUAAACAAAUUGAACUGAACGACACUUUUGUCACUUCUGAUUCUCAAUGUAGACGAACACACCCGCUAAGAGCAGAAAUAUAUAUUUCUGAUAAGCCAGAUCCAAAAUUUGUAACAGAUGAAGGCUGCCAAAAACAUGCCGUUAUUCACGCGAAUCCACCUGGAGGACAGUGGCCUGAACAGGUCUUCGGAUGGGUAGAACUAGAAGUGGCGGGAACUGAAAUGAUUGGAACCUAUGUAAAUGCCACUACAAAAGAAAGGACUUCAACUAAAUUUGAAUUUCUACCUUCAGGUUAUAGAUUCACCAAAGGAGAGAAGAAAAGAUUGUUUGAUCCCGCGGCUUCCGAAUGAUCUGAUUCGACUUAAUGUUUAAGAAUUUAAUUUCAUAGCGUAUACUGUUUAAUUAAGAAUAUGCUUAAUGUUUGAUUUUGAUAAAACGUAUCAAUAAUAAUUCUGCUCAAUGUUUCAAAAUGCACAUAGUCAUGACGGUGUUUUUGUGUUCGUACAAAAUUUCAUCUAGAUGUGGCUUUCCAUGCACUAUAAAAUGCAAUACUUCAACGACUUUUCAUUGUAAAUUAAUUAUUAAAGUGAACUCUAAAAAAUUACUCGAACGAAGUGUACAACCCCCUCAGGCAAUUUAUGUAGGAAAAGAGCAAAAGAAACAAUUACGAGUACUGUUGUUUCUAAAAAUAUCAUAAUGAAAAAGUUAUAUAAUGAUAAAUAUAUGAAUAAAAAAAUUGAAAAAGGGGAGAAAGGUAAAGGUAAAAUGUUACUUCAUCGUAUUAUUAUACCAGACCUUAGACUAAAUUUUAUAGUAUUCUUUUUUAAGAAGCAAUGACUUGAAAUUAAGAAAUGUAUCUCCCUCAUGCAAAGCUCUGAUCCCUUGUCCGGCUUUGGCUAUACUUUUUUGUCCUUUUUGGUUUAUAGCUCUUCAUCUUUUUAAUAAGCUUUGGAUUUUGAAAUAUUUUGGCCUCGAGCAUCACUGAAGAGACAUUGAUUGUCCAAAUGCGCAUCUGGUGCAGAAAAAUUGGUACCGUUUAUGUUAUUGAUAUAUAAGGCAAAGGAACUUUUGACUAAAAAAUAAUACAUUUACCAAUAAAUAGUAAGCAUCUGAUGUUGAAACGAUAGUUAUUUUGAUAUUUAUUGAUUCAGUUUUAGCAAUAUUAAAAAAUAUACAAUUUUCGAAA